AUGUCACUGAUGAAGAACAAGAUUCGCAAUCUAGCUGGCAGUCCUGAAUGUCUCGAACUCACAACUUUUCUCAUGCAACGGGGAGAAUUGGUAAAUAUCUCGAGUGAAUUCUUCAAGUCCAUGCCGAAGCUACAGGUGUUGGAUCUAUCAUUUAAUGAACAUCUCACCAAAGUGCCGGAUGGAGUAUCUGAUUUAGUUUCUUUGAAGUAUCUCAACUUGUCAGAUACAGGUAUCCGUCAUCUCCCUAAGGGUCUACAAGAGUUGAAAAAACUCAUUCACUUGGAUCUCGGGUAUACACUUCAGCUUUCGAGUAUUGCUGGGAUAUCAAAUCUGCAUAAUUUGAUGAUACUGAAUUUAGCUGGAAGUGGUUUUUCAUGGGAUCGCGGCAUAGUGGAGGAAUUAGAAACCUUGGAGCAUUUAGAAAUUUUAACCAUAGAAAUCGAUUGUCCACCACAUCUGGAGCUAUUUUUUAGUUCUCUCAGGUUGACGAGUUGUACACGAUUUCUGGGAUCUUGA